AUGAAUACAACAAUCCAUGCUGGACAGAAAGGUUACAUCUGUAAGGAAUGUGGCAAAGCCUUCAACUGCCACUCAACACUAAUUCAACAUCAGCAAACGCAUAAUGGAGAGAGACCUUACAAAUGUAAAGAAUGUGGUAAAACUUUGAAGUAUCGCUCAUCAUUCAACGGACAUGGGAACAUUCAUACAGGAGAAAAUCCUUACCAAUGUAAAGAAUGUGGCAGGGCCUUUAAAUGGCCCUCAGACCUUAAACAACAUCACAGAAUCCAUACUGGAGAGAAACCUUACCAAUGUAAAGAAUGUGGCAAAGCCUUUACCCGGCCCUCAGCCCUUAAUCAACAUCAUAGAAUCCACACAGGAGAGAAACCUUACCAAUGUAAAGAAUGUGGCAAGGCCUUUGCUCAUCACUCAAAGCUUACUAAACAUCACAGAAUUCAUACUGGAAAGAAACCUCACCAAUGUAAAGAAUGUGGCAAGAACUUUAAGAACCACUCACGCCUUACUCAACAUCUCAGAAUCCAUACUGGAGAGAAACGUUACCAAUGUAAAGAAUGUGGCAGGGCCUUUAAAUGGCCCUCCGAACUUAAACAUCACAGAAUCCACACUGGAGAGAAACCUUACCAAUGUAAAGAAUGUGGCAAGGCCUUUUCCUGGACCUCAAACCUUAAUCGCCAUUACAGAAUCCAUACUGGCGAGAAACCUCACCAAUGUAAAGAAUGUGGCAAGGCCUUUACCCAUCACUCAAAGCUUACUAAACAUCACAGAAUUCAUACUUGA